AUGUUGUUUAUAUGCAUGCUCUUAAGCCAUUUAAACCUUCAGCCAUGAAACAUUUUGAAAGGGAGCAGUUUUGAUGACAUGGGACACGAAUCGGCAUAUACACGUCCUUGUAUGUAAUUUCCGGGGAACCUUAUCGGUUUGGCAGCACCACUUUUAAAACCGGCGGCCUCCCACGCAAGCAUUAACUUAUGUUUUAUUAAUCCUCUCCGACAUAACUGAGAGAGAAACUCCCCUAUCCGGAAUAAGUGCCGAAAGAAAUUUUGUUAACCAGAUCGAGUGCAGUAAAGCGGCCUCUUUUGUAAAACGGUCUUGCCUCUAAACAAGAUCCGAAACGAACACCAUACAAUGCCUCACUCCCAAUGACAGGACGCAAAGCAGAUGUGCCACUCGGGACUGAAGGGGAUUCAUCCGACUGAAAUGUGAGCGUAUCAAUCACCAUCAUCGUUGACGCACGGUGCCUCUGCUGCUGGCCAAGCCUGUCAACGGUGACUGAUAUGGAUGCAUCUAAAUAUACAUGUCAACAGUGUGCCAAGAAGUAGUAAGAAGAUGGCUCAGGAGUUUAAGCCUGGUGACCUGAUUUUCGCCAAGAUGAAGGGUUAUCCUCAUUGGCCUGCCAGGAUCAAUGAUUACUCUGAUGGUGCCGUGAAGCCGUCCAACAUGAAGUUUCCCAUCUUUUUCUUCGGUACCCACGAAACCGCCUUCCUGGGUCCAAAAGAUAUAUACCCUUACCUGGCCAAUAAGGAAAAGUAUGCCAAACCUAACAAGAGGAAGGGCUUCAACGAAGGCCUGUGGGAGGUUGAGAACAAUCCUAAGGUGGAGCUGAGCGGAGAAAAGCAAAUGAUGCCGUCAGAUAAUGUGACGGAUAAGGACUCGGACAGUAACCCGGAGGGGGACGAGGAGGUCGACGCCGACAAGAGAAAGUCUUCCAAAGUGUCGGGGACUGGGAGUAAGGAUGGACAGGAGGAGGAGGAGGAGGAGGAGGAGGAUGGUGAUGAUGAGGAGGAGGAGGAGGAGGAGGAGGAAGGGGGCAUGGAGGUCUCUGAACAGGGACAGCCCCAGGGCCAGGAUGUAGCAGGCAUCCACAGGGACCCCACACCAAAGGACCCGGACGCUCCCAAACCAAAACGAGGACGGAAGAAAAAGAGUGACGCGGAGCCCGACUCGGAGAAAGAGGACGCCGCCAACAGCCCCACGUCCAGCCCUCGAGGCGGAGAGGGCGUUACUCCUAAGCGACGGGGCAGAAAGACUAAAGCCGAAAAGAUGCUCCUCCUUCAGCUGCAGCAGAAGGAUCGCCCGGGCUCUGGCAGUGACAUGGACACCGCCGAGUCGGACAGGAAGAGAAAGAGGACGCCGGAGGACAAGAGAGAGGAGGAGGAGAAGAGGCCGGACGGCAGGAGAAAGAAAGAGGAUAACAAAGCCAAGGAGGCCGAUGGGAAGAGGGAGCCGGAGACCAAGAGGAGGAGAAAGGUCAAGGGGGAAAGUUCCUCGGAUUCUGACAGCGAGGAGAGCAAGGCCGCCGCGGGGGGGCGCAAGAGGCAGCAGGCCGCGCCGAUGGAGACGCCGGACAAAGACGACCGCCAGCGGCGCAGACAAGACGAGCAGAAAGAACAAAACCGAGAGGAUGGAAACAAAAUGGAGGACAGGAAGGGGGACAAGAAAAAAGAGAUAUCAACAGAAUCAAGGCUACAGAGAUUACAUGGAGAAAUCAAAAUCUCCCUCAAGAUUGACAACCCUGAUGUGAAGAAGUGCCUGGUUGCUUUGGAUGAGUUGGGCACGCUUCACGUCACCACCCUGCAUCUGAAGAAACACUCCGAGCUCAUAGCCACAUUAAAAAAGAUUCGGCGGUUCAAGGCCAGCCAGGACGUCAUGGACAAGGCCACGAUGCUCUACAACAAGUUCAAGAGCAUGUUCCUGGUGGGUGAGGGCGACCAGCUCCUCAGCCAGGUCCUCAACAAGUCCAUGGCUGAGCAGAGGCAGCAUGAGGAGGCCAAGAAGGAGGCCCAGAAGAGGGCGGAGCGGGCCAGAGAGAACGACACCGAUAAGAUGACUAAUGGCGACUCCAGUCCUGAGGAAAGGCAUGAUUCUGACAAGGAGAAGCCCACAGAACAGGCCUCUCCUGGAGAGAACGGCAGUGCAGCUAAGGACCCAGAGGAAUCUGCCUUAACGACAAACUACACCUGACUGACUGAAAUGGAUGCUUCCUGCUGCUGACCCGAGCUCACCCCACCCCCAAGUCCUGUCUGAUCACCUGUGCCCACCACCUGUGCCCACCUGUCGUCACCUGCACAAGAGUCUAGCACUUGACAAUCUUAGCAUUUGACUGAGAACGUGGCGCUCCGAGGUCUUUCAGCUCAACCCUACCAAGUAUAGGAGAACAAGGUAGAUGUACUUGAGGAGUAUAUGGUAGGGAGACUACAUAUACGCUAGUUACUGGUAGAGACAAGUCUUUGUAUAACUUGGUAGUUUAGCACCUUUACUGAAAUACUGACCUUUAUUGCUCCUAGAGUAAGUGUAUAUAUUUGUUUUAACUACUUUGAUUUCAUGAGUUCUUGCACAGAAAGGUUAAUACUACUUGAUAGCGUGCCAAAGUUUAUUUUGCAGAGAAAGUGCUUAUUUUCACACACCUACUCCACGUUUUAAAUGUCUCGUUUUUAAAUCGUCCGUUUCGCUGACAUUUGUAAAUAAGAGUAUUUUUGUGGCUGUCUAAAAACCUGUUUUGCCUCUUCUUAAUAAAGCAGUGGUUCAAUUACUUUC